UGUAGCCAUUCGAGUAGCAUCGUUUCGAUUUGUGCGAGAGUGAAUCAUUCGUUCUUGCAUCAAUGAGAAAACCAGUUUUAGACAUUUGACACAAUUUCGGAUAGUCAAUUACAGUCGGUGCUGGACCGGUGCGAGUGACAGACAAGGAUUCAAACAGUUUGAAGAUCGUUUCAGAAAAUAAUAACGUUUACCACAUGAGUGGGUUGAACAAGUGAUAUUCUAUUUAAAGACAAAGAAAAAACAUUUUAAAACGUAUAACAAGUGUGGAGUGAACUAUGGUUAAGAUUGAGGCCGCAACCAUGAAUGGACAAACAGUGUUUAGUGUGGCCAGAGCGCCUCUAAAAUCAAGCUUCUCGAUCAACUCAAUCCUGCCGGAAACGGCCAUGCAGACAUCGCCUGCACAGACACCAUCGCCAUCGCCACAUUCGUGCCAUUCACCGAUCGGAUCGGAGGAACAGGAUCAUGAUUUCACCGAUACCGAGUCGGAUUUGGACGUUACCGGAACUCCGCCACCAAUGGAUUGUAGCAAUAAGGAAAAAUCCGACGAUACCGAAGAAGGUGCCUCGAGUCCGAAGGAAGGCGAGAAAAAAGGUAACGAAAAACCACCGUACAGCUACAACGCACUGAUCAUGAUGGCUAUUCGUCAAAGUGCUGAAAAGCGACUAACGUUGAACGGAAUUUACGAGUACAUCAUGCGCAACUUUCCAUACUAUCGUGAUAACAAACAAGGCUGGCAAAACUCGAUCCGCCACAAUUUGAGUUUGAACAAGUGCUUUGUGAAAGUGCCUCGCCACUACGACGAUCCCGGCAAAGGCAACUACUGGAUGCUGGAUGCGUCGGCCGAAGAUGUGUUUAUUGGAGGAUCAACUGGAAAGCUUCGGCGCCGUUCGACCGCUGCUACCCGUAGUCGUCUGGCCGCCUUCAAGCGUUCGCUAGUGGGUCCAAUGUUUCCCCCACUCGGUUAUCCUCAGUUCAACCAGUUUAUGUACCCGUCACCUGCCCACGCUCAAACUGCACUGCUGGCUCAAAUGUACUCCCGGUAUUCCCCGUACGCUCCGAGCAUAGCACCCAAACCCGCACUGCAACUUCCACUGCCGUUGUCCGUCGGUGGUCCGGGAUUCGGAAUGGAUCGGUUGCUAGCCGCCGGAGUUGCUCCUCAGCUGCAGCACCAGCACCAGCAAGCCCAGGCCGAACUGUACCAAAGACUUCAGUAUCAGCAACUCCUUCAGCACCACGCUGCUCAGGCUCAAGCGCAGGCCGCUCAUAUGCAGCAGCUAAGUCCCACCGAAAGACACCAGCCGCACUCGCCAACCCUGCCCAGCCAACCAUCCGGAAUGCCCGCCCCGCCACAAGGUUCCCCGACGGGACCAACCAUCUUCAAACCGAUCCCGAGGCACAGCUGAGAAACGCCAAGUGCCACCGCCGUCGACGAGGAUACCUUCUAGUGCAAAUAUUUAUUUAAUUGUUAAAGUCGAGUUUACUUAGAGUUCUGCUACAGACGAAUGAUGGCAAAUGCCACACCAGUGAUAUCUAGAGGAGAGAAGUUAGUUUCGAUUGCUGCUUCCAGCUCCGUCGUUCCCGAGGAAGCUGGGAACGUGCUCUCAUAAUAGUGACUUAAUUAGUCUCACGAGUAAUGUUUUUUUCCGUGAAAAACAAUUGUUGAGUAACUUGUAACCGUAAUUGUUGACGAAUUGAUAUCUUUGUUGCAAUUGUAAGAUACGCAUUCAAAGGAAAGCAUCACGCGUUGUAAAUAAUUGUACAUUUAUCCUGAACAGAAAGUAUUAGCAAUUUUUUAGUAGUUAAGAUCGAUCAGCUAUAUAAAUUAUAUUUUUGCAAAAAAAGAAAAUCAAAUCAAGGUAUAAAAUAUAAAAGAAU